AUGCCUUCGCCGUGGCGUACAUCAAUACCACUGGGCAAGCAUUUGAAGGAGGUCGAGCUCGCGAAGUUGGCCCAGCUACAGGAGAGUCGGAAGGCGGGAACACCCGCAGGGGAGCCCAAGUCGAGGAAGAAGGGCGAAGGAUCUGCUUCUGGGGCGGCGGUCCGCGCCUCCAACGAGGAAGCGGAAACUAUGCAAGUUCCACCACCGACCAUGGUUGCGCCUCCGGUACCACAGCCGCUAAGUCCACCCGACGAGACGCAGUUCUUCGAUCGCGACCAGAUCAAUGCCCGGCGGAACACAGAACGGGUGGUUGGGCCUGACGAGAACAUCUUCCGAAUAGACUGGCUGCCUGACAGCAAGAUGGUGACUGUGCAACUCUUCGGGAAGGAUGACUCGAGGUUUGUCGACUCCGAGGCGCUCACUGGACGGUGGCAAGCAUACGUUCAAUCAUACGUAUCAGACGACCGGACACAAGGGGUCCCUACCCGCGCAGGUUCUAAGCGGCCGUUCCUCCGGAAAUCGAGGUUACCAAUUGCAACAGAUGAAGUACCCGAGGUCGUUGCGCAUGGCGGGUUGGAGAUCAAGGUAUGCGUACGGACGUACCGGCUCUUCUUUGUCUCCGACACCGAAGACUAUCUGUGGCGCGUCGUCGACUCAGAUGAGAUCUCUUCUGCGCGCGAGAAGGGACGGAUACAAAGCAAUAAGAGACGGCAGUGGUUGGAACGAUUCGCAAGGCAACGGGAGGAGCCGCAGCAACGGAAAGAGCAGAGUAAUCCCGAUCCUUCCGUCGCUCCUCCUGGCCCGGAGGCUAAGUCGAAGUCUCCUGAAGAAAGCCAGCAUGACCAGGAGGCUCCGCGGCCUGAGGGCGAGCCUUUCCUUACGAAACCACAGGAGUCCACUAAUGUCGCUUGAGGACCUUCAUGAUACUCCUGUAUGGAUGCAUAUCCGGUGAUCUACCUUCGACCUUCGUCUGUUUCCAUGUUGUGUUCAUGUACGUAUGUAUGUAGUACAAUACUAUCACGCUAGUGAGGGAUGUUAGUGAAGACAUGGUACACGUCCAUCUGGACAAUCCCGGCGCUUGAGCACUUGAACGUUUGAAGACCUUCACUCGAAAUGCCGCCAUUUUGCCCUCGUACCACACCAUUAGCUACCACCCCUCAAACUGAUCCCAUUGCU